AUAAAAAGCGAGGAUGUUAUGAAACAUUAGUUUAAAUAUGUAAAUUAUGUUUAUUGGGGUAUGUGUUCUUAUAAUCGUUGCAUGUGACGUAACAAUGCUUUAAUAAAGGAAGUCGGAAGUCAGGUCUUUUGUUUUUCUAGAACGUGGAAUCAUUGGUAAAUGACGUAAUGAUAGCGAUUGUUGAGUAAUACAACGAACAAUAGUCAGGGUGUUUCUAUUGUUACGUAGACGUUUUGUUGAAUAUGAAUGGUUGAUAUUGACGAAUAUGAUGCAACGAAAGUGUUCCAUAUUAACUACCUUGAUACUCGUCGUCGGUGUGGUGACCGUGUGUCGUAUCGUGUUCGAGGUUAAUCAGAGUAUCAAAUUGGGGCAAACACACACUGACCAAAUAUAUUUAAAAGAACCCUGGGCGUUGUUCAAGAAUCGUUGUAGUUCACCCGUGUGUACGGGGAAUGCGAGCGUGGGUAACGUAACAUGGAGCAUGGUGAUAUUUGUUAAGUCGUCCGCCAACUCGUUCAUAAGACGUGAGAUUCUGCGUCGUAGUUGGGCAUCGUUGUUUCGCGUGGAGGAAGGAAACAUCACUGUUGUGUUCGUUGUCGGGCUCAGCGGUGCCAGGUUUACUGAGCGGAGAUUGACGAAGGAGUCGAAAGAACACGGCGACAUUCUACAAUUCAAUGGACCAGAUGAUUAUAGAAACAUUGCGUUGAAAACGCUCGCCGGGAUGGAAUGGGCGUCGCUUCAUCUGCCGUCAACUUUCCUCUAUUCCUCCAUGGAUGACGACUUCAUGGUCGAUAUGUUAAAGAUGACGAAGACCAUUAAUAAAGGAUUCGAACUUAUGCGCAAAGACUCGUGGUUCGAAUUCCCGAUCAUAUGCAUGUUUAGAAUGGGGGUUGAUGAAAAGCCAGUUAGAGACGAAAACGGAAUAUUUAAGAAAUGGUUCAUCUCUGAGUCGUUGUUUAAGUGGCCCGUAUUCCCCCGAUACUGUCAUGGCGGCAUGUACACAACCUCUAUGAGGAUAAUAGAUCAACUGCUACGAGAAUCGUGGUCGGUGGAUUCAUUGUAUUUGGACGAUGUUUGGAUUACAGGAAUCCUCCGUCAGAAGAUUGGGAUGCCAGACCAGAUGGUGAUCAAACCUGAGGAAACGGUGGCUGUACAUUACAGCGGUUACACACAGUCUCCCAACCAUAAUGUAAACGCGUUUGUUGAUGCGUGGCAACAAUCUAUAGACGAAAUGGUCGAUUCCAGUGUUUGUCAGUGUUUCAGAUAGUAACCGAACUAAUCACUGAUCCGUGUCGCCAUCCCCAGCGACAAAGACUAUUAUUACGUCACGGAUGACUCGACGAUGCUUAAAGCUGUUUGAUGACGUAACAAUAAACUUGAAAAAGCAAUAAACAUACGUCACAGUACUAUAAAACACUGCCUCAUAAAUAAACGAAAUCAACUUUUCGCGAUUUUUCUGAA